CAACGACCUCGUCCUGAAGACAAAGCGAAAAUUGUGUCCUCGAAACCGGUGACAAGACAGCUGCCGAACGGUCUGCACAGCCAAGCCUGACCAGAGACGACAGGACACCUGAGUAAAGCUUGUGCUGAUCAAAAAGCGGCGGAUCUUCACUCCUCACCCCCCUACAAAGCAGGAUGACCCACAGCCGCGCCUCCACGCUCCUUUCCGUUUAAACCUCCCUUUAACCGAGCCGAACCGGCACUCACUGCAUGCUCCUUCAGCCUAGGACACCGCAUCCCCUUCCCUUUCCUCCGGAAUAAAAGCCCUAACAGCCAGUCGGUGCGUUCAGCAGCAUGCCCGACGCUGCGUCCGCCGGUAACGGCGCCGAUCCCGACGCCUCGCGCCACCGCCACCGCGCGCCCGCAGAAACGGAAAAACCGGAGCAAAGCGCCUCGUGCCAGCAAACGUCUUCUGGCGUUUUGGAUAAACUGUUUGGAAAGAGGCUGCUGCAGGCUGGGAGAUACAUCAUGUCUCAUAAAUCCUGGAUGAAGACAGUGCCCACAGAGAACUGUGACGUCCUUAUGACUUUUGCAGACACCACAGACGACCACACAUUACUGUGGCUGCUGAAUCAUAUACGCCUUGGCAUCCCCGAACUUAUCAUCCAGAUACGACACCACAAACACACACAAGUCUACGCGUUCUUCGUCACAGCAACAUAUGAAAAUCUGUUGCGAGGAGCAGAAGAGAUGGGACUACGGAAAGCAGUGAAGCCAGAGUUUGGAGGUGGAUCUCGCAGUUUCUCUUGUGAGGAGGACUACAUUUAUGAGAACAUUGAGAGUGAACUGUGCUUCUUCACAUCACAGGAACGCCAGAACAUAAUUAAAUACUGGCUGGAUAAUCUCAGAGCCAAACCAGGGGAGGUCCUUCACAACAUCCACUUUCUUGAAGGGCAGCCCAUAAUCCCAGAGCUAAUGGCACGAGGUGUGAUCCAACAAGUCUUCCCCCUCCAUGAGCAGAGAAUUCUGGGCCAGCUAAUGAAAUCGUGGGUGCAAGCUGUGUGUGAGAAGCAGCCCCUAGAUGAUAUAUGUGAUUACUUUGGAGUAAAGAUUGCCAUGUACUUCGCCUGGCUGGGAUUUUACACAACCUCUAUGCUGUAUCCUGCUGUGAUAGGAUUUGUACUGUGGAUGCUGACUGAAACUGAUCAGACCAGCAGAGAUAUAUGCUGUGUAGUAUUUGCGCUCUUUAAUGUGGUCUGGGCCACGCUGUUCCUGGAGAGGUGGAAGCGAAGAGGGGCAGAACUGGCAUAUAAAUGGGGCACGUUGGACACACCAGCUGAAUCACUUGAAGAGCCACGGCCACAGUUUAGGGGUGUAAAGCGAUGCAGUCCAGUGACGGGCUGUGAGGAGUUUUAUUACCCACCUUGGAGGAGGAGGGUGUUCAGAUGGUUGGUUAGCUUUCCUGUCUGUAUUUUCUGCCUUUGCUUUGUCUUCCUGGCCAUGCUCAUCUGCUUUGAGCUUCAGGAAUUUGUGAUGGGGAUUAAAGAGCUGCCCCGGGUGGUGAGGUUUAUCCCUGAAAUCUUACUGGCCAUCACUGUGACUGCAUGUGAUGAGGUGUACAGAAAGAUAGCCUGUUGGCUUAAUGACAUGGAGAACUACAGACUCCAGAGUGCCUAUGAGAAAAAUCUCAUCAUCAAAAUGGUUCUUUUUCAGUUUGUAAAUUCAUAUCUCAGCCUUUUCUACAUUGGAUUCUACCUCAAAGACAUGGAGCGUUUGAAAGAGAUGCUAGCAACCCUGCUGAUAAUCCGGCAGUUCAUGCAGAAUUUGAAGGAAGUCUUGCAGCCGUACCUGUACGAGCGUCACCGCCUGGGAGAGCUCACAAUGCGUGCCGUGUGGGACCUGCUGGUAUCAGCAUUAAUAAAGUAUGGAAGUCUGGCAGUUGGAAGGGCGCAUAUGUCUCCUAGCAAACCCAGAAUCAAUGGGCAUGGCCUGCAGGGUGUUCUGGGCCAGCAAGAGCGCAAGUGUCUGAAUGGAGGCUGUGGAGUCCCAGAUGAGGAGCAUGAGGAAGAGGCUGGAGCAAGGAACAGUGCAGAAGAGACAGAGGAGGAGAAUGCCAUAGAUUGUGGCCUCAAACUGCGUAAAGUCAGCUUUAUCGAGAAGGUGGAGCGCAAAUCUAUUGGUUGCAUCAGUCCCAUGGAUGACAGCUUCCUGGAGGAAGGGAGUCCCACCAUGGUGGAAAAAGGAAUGGACCCAGCAUUGGUGUUUGAGAUGUGUGACGAUGAUGAUGAUAAUGUCAUCCCAGAUGCAAAGGAGCAGGUCGCGGAGUCAGCUGGGCCUGAAAGCAGUCUGCCGCAGAAGCUGCGGAAAAGAGGUCGCAGUCUGGAGAGGGCCGACAGUAAGAAGAGAGAGUCAUGGAUGGAUCCUCCUGAGGAGCAAGAGACCACCACACUGACCCAAGCUGAAAUCGAGAGCUGCAUGCAACGAUAUGAGGACACAUUUCAGGAUUACCAGGAAAUGUUUAUUCAGUUUGGCUAUGUGGUGCUGUUUUCUUCCGCCUUCCCACUGGCAGCCAUGUGUGCGCUCAUUAACAAUAUCAUCGAGAUCCGUAGCGAUGCCUUCAAACUCUGCACAGGCCUUCAGAGGCCAUUUGGCAUGAGAGUGGAAAGCAUUGGACAGUGGCAGACACUAAUGGAGGCUAUGGGUCUGAUAGCAAUCAUUGUGAACUGCUACUUAAUCGGUCAGUGUGGGCAGCUACAGAGGCUUUUCCCUUGGCUGAGCCCUGAGAUGGCUAUCAUCUCGAUCGUGAUCUUAGAGCACUUUGCUGUCUUACUGAAAUAUGUCAUUCAUGUGGCAAUCCCCGAUAUUCCCAGCUGGGUAAGUGAAGAAAUGGCCAAACUGGAGUUUCAGCGCAGGGAGGCAUUCAAGAAGCAUGAGCGCCAAGCACAGCAGCACUUCCAGCAACAGCAGAGGAGAAAAAGAGAAGAGGAAGAAAGGCAGCGGCAAGCUGAGUACCAGGCCCGGCGUGAGCGAGACGAUGGGCGGUCGGAUGCCUCUGGAGGCGACCACCAUCACGAAAAGAGCCAAGGAAGCAAAUCUAGAUCGGGCGGAGGAGGUGGAGGGUCUGUGAGUGACAAACCGAAGAGACCCAGCUCACUGCUGGCCAACAAUAACGUAAUGAAAUUCAAACAGAUCAUACCUCUGCAGAGCAAGUUUUCCUCUGGCACGGCCCGUUCACCACAGUCACCAACAGGGAACGAACCGAAGCUCCCAGGCUUCCUUAGUUUUAAGUUCCUCAAGUCUCCAGAAAACAAAAAGGAAGCAGCCGCAGCUUCAGCUUCAGCCAGUGCUAGUAUGGCUACUCUCAGCCAAGAGAAAUCUCAGUCCCCCAGCAAGUCCUUCAAUCCCGGGAAACUGUUCAAUUUCGGGAAAUCGGAUGGUGGAGCAUGUAUGAAUGGGGCUCAACAAACAAAACUGGGGGAGGGGGUACAGCCAGCCGAGAAGCCUGUAACAAAGUCUGAUCUCAAUGAUGUGCCAGAUGAGAUCCCAUCACCCGGGGAAGAGGAACAAGAGAAUGGACAUUCAUUAGACUCUGAGUCCUCAGGCCCUAAAAUAUAAAUCCAAUAAAAACACCUACUGUAGAAAAAUGACUAACAAAAGGAUGUAGAAAGUCCGCUCAAUGCCCUUCGGCACAGUGAAAGACUGAGCCUGGAGGCUGUUAAGUAAUAAUGUGGGGGGAAAUGAAAUAGUGUUGUUGUUUUGUUUUGUUUUUGCUGAGGAGCAUAGGCUUUUUCAAAGAUGACUCCCCCUACAUACACACACAAUGCCUUUUGUCUACAAUACACACAGGAAUGCAUGAGCUGCAUUUCUAAUGCGUUUUAAACAUGAUAUUCCUGAAAGAAUAGUGCAGUUUUAAGUUAACAUGGUCAGAGAAUUGUUAGCAUUUUAUGCACCGUUCGUAGUGUUUAAAAAUAUUUUACCAUCGGUUUUAUAUCAUACAAUGAGACCAUUUAAAAAAAAAAGAAAAAGAAAAGAAAAAAACAACACGGAUUAAUAACCUGAACAUUUUCAGUUUGAACUGUGAGUGUUUUAAUCCUGAAAACUUUUCUACUUUAAGCAGCUGGUUUAGUUUUAGCAGUUGCACCAGUAUUUCAUGAACAUGGAGGUGCUGUGAACCUGCAAGUUAUACAAAUUCCUGCAGCACUAGAAAAUAUAGGUACAGUCUAAAGAAAAUGCAAUAUCUCUAUUUUGAAUAACCGAUACACCGGUUUGUGACGUAAGAACGUAUGUAGGAAUGCAUCAAAACCCGAGGCAAGUUUGGCACGUGCAAAAUUGUAAGUGAGAGAGCGUCAUGUAUGGAUGGGUGAAGGAAGUGUUGCAGCUACUUUGAAAUACAAUCUCUUAUUGCAGAAGUGCAGUAGCCGCUCGAACAGGCUUUUCCGUCUUAUGUGAGUAUAUAGAAAAUGCUGGAGACCAAGACUAUCAUGGUACUAAAAUCCCCCCGAAAAAUGUGUGAGUCCUCCUGUGCAUCUUAAUAUAUUUAACCUAGAGGAUAGCAUUUGACCUCAACAUUUACUAUUUUUUGGUUCUUACACUGGUAUGGUAGAGGGAUUUCUUGAUUUGUACAGAAGACAUUCCUUUAAUUCGCAACUCAGAAGCCUGCUGGACCAUCAUAAAAAAGAAAAAAAAGAAAAAAAAAAUACAGGCCUUGCCUUGAAAAGGAAUUCUGUGAGGAAGUGUAGUAAUGCGUAGCAUUUCCAUUUCCACAGUUCAUACUAGUUGCAGCCUCAGAGAACAUUUUGCACUAAAUCCUACUGCUGGUGGGAGGGAAAGACUUUGCUAAGAAUAGGAGAACACCAGCUUGCCUCAUAAUGUAUGCAAAUGCUUAAUUAUUGUUUUCAUUGCAAUGCACUACAGAAGCAUUAUUAACCCAUCUGGUUUCUGUACAUCUCGGUGCUUUCUCUAACUUUGGUCUAACCUGUUUAUUUGCCUAAUCAUUCCUACCUUGUAUAUUCUUUGGAUAAAUUCUGAUUUCAUUACUUGCCAAAGCAAAACUAGCAGAAACACUUUUGUGCAUCGUGAUCAAGUUUCUUUGUGAAGCCAUAAUUGCUUGGAAUAUUUUACCAGAAUAUACUUUUAGUUUGCAAAAAAAAGAAAAAGGAAAAAAAAAAAAAUCCUUGCAGCUCUAAUUUUUUAUUUUAACAGUGUUACAGAAGAUGGAAACGGUUCCAUUAAUAUCAGUAUCAUUUUUUUAUCACAUUAAUACCAUUAAUUUAAAUAAAAGUAAGCCUAUUGUUAGAUUUUAGCAAUCUGCUUUUUGGCUGAACUGCAAAUUAACACAAAUUAAUCAACGAAAUAAAAUGUAUAAAUGAAUGAUUGCAGAAAGUUAAUUGACCCCAAAGUGGAUAAUCAAACCGUAUGCACAUAUAUUUGUUUGCCAUUUUAUUAGCAUUACCCAAAUAGAAAAUGAACAAAUGAAGUGAGAGGAGUGAUAAGCCAGUUAUAAAACAAUUCUCUUGAUAUACCCAUCAACGGAUUUGAACUAAAAAAAAAAGCAAUUCUGUUUAUCAUCAUCAAUGUACUUUUGAUUACUUUUUUUAUGUGAAAAGAAUAACUGGUGUCAGAAAAGAAAUAUUACACAGUACACAGUUUUAUUAGUUUUAUCAUGAUGGGUAACAGGAACUAUGCACUUAAUUCCUCAUUUCAUUAACAGAGUUGGCUCGAAUAACUGUUGCAAUAAUAUGUCAGUCUGAACAAUAAUCCUUAUUCAUUCAGAUCUGAGGUUGUAUGUCCUGAAUGUUGAGUAAUGUCAACAAGUAGAAUUUCAAUAAGAUGUGGUAACUAGUCUUUUUUGUUUUCUUUUUUUUUUUUAUGUUAAACUUUGUUUUUCAUGCAACUGUUCACCCAUAUCCAAAUCACCUCUGUGCUUCCAUUGGGUCUUAAAUAAAUUUGUUUUAUUAAUUUUAUCCCCCUAAGAUUUACACAAUUCAAUUUGGUGGUAGUUUGAAUUUGUCUAAUAUUGCAUCUAUGUUUUAGUAUACUUUAAAAAAUUACAUGUUAAUCACAUAUAAAUAAAUUAAUUUUUCCCUGUUAACAAUGUUUUAUACAUAUAUAGCUGCUUAGAUUUUAUAUUAGACAUAACAGUCAGUCAUAUGCAUCUCUGGCAGUAUUAUAUAUAAUACAUAUAUACACUAUAUAUUAUAUAUAAUUCCUUAAAAAGUAUGUUUACGAAAACAAACCCGAGACAUGUACACAGCAAAGCAACGAGGUUUCGUAUUCAACCAAGUAUUUUCAACUACUCGAAUAAAUGUGUUAAUUAGUAUCAAUUAAAACCAAUUUUUAAAUCUCAAACAUAUCAUGUGUAAACUGUUGUGUAUUUGGAACUCAGAACUAAGAAUUCUUUGGCGUGUUAGGGCAACACACAUGAUGUUUCAUGACCAGGUAGAUAGAACUGUGGUCUGAAAUAGAUUUUAAUUUCAAUUUCAUUAUUUAUUUAUAACAAUAUUUCCUCGACAGAAAAAGUCUCUUAACUCCUGUGUCCAAAGUGAAAUCUGAUGUGGCUUUAUAUGGGGCACACUGUCGCUGUUCUAAAAACAUGACAUAAAUAAGCUAUAAUUCAUAUAAUUCGUACCCUGUUUUUCUUGAGUGUUACUCUGUGUUUAUGGCAAAGUUUUGUGUCUUCGUUUAACUGAAGAGCAACAUGGAUGCUGCAAGGUUUUUGUCAUAUCCGUCCAGCAGUUAAUGUCAUCACCAGUUAAUCAUCAGUUCUUGUUGUUCAAUAAGAUCGGACGUUUAUUUUUUAAGAAUUAUAAGAAUACCUUAUAUGUGACUUAGGAACCGUGGUUUAUGUUCAACCCUACUGUGAAUAAUUAAUGGGCUAUUGAUUUAUACUUUUAAGACAUUGCCACUCGGAAGCGGAUAUGUGCGGUUACAGACAGUGGAAAAAAGAGAGCCUAGAAGUACUCAAGUGUGUAGAAUUCCUUCUCUGAAGGCAACCUCACAAACUAACAUGCUCUUCCAAUACACCACUGUAAAGUUUAUUUCAUUUUUAAAGAAAAUGAUCAUAAGAAAAUGGUCUUUAUUUAUUUCUGUUGAUUUAUUUUUGUCAUAUUUUUGUAAGACCUGAAAUGGAAUAAUAAACAGUUUUAAAUUUA